AUGGAGACCAGUACAACGCCCACAGGUGCCUCCUCGACAGCCAACGUGUUCCUUUACCUCCUGGCGAUGUAUGUCGUCCCUUCUUGCUUCUCAAUCGUGCUGAGUCCUAAAGUUCGCUCCUCCAGUGUCCUUCCUCCACUCGCUGUCUUCCUUGAUUCUGCAUGCAGCGUAGACUUCAUAAUCAACAUCUUAUUAACCAUUCUCGGCUGGAUACCGGGUAUUCUCCACGCAUGGUAUACUAUCUCCAAACGGGAGCGUCGCAACGCUGCGGUUGCAAGCACUGCUGCGCCAGCUGCACCAGUUGCACCAGUCGGCGCGACAAAGGCUGCAGCAGCUCCUGUCUCGGCCACAGGCCCAGCAACGAUGACUGCACCGGGCACGGCUGCUGCUACGUAUUAA